AUGUGGCAAAUGUUUGGUGGCAUUGUAGCCACUGGAGAGAAUGCAUGGGCACCUUCGUCUGGUAUUCUUCCAAGUGGGGUUCCUAUGGGAGAUAAUACACUUAAUGAGAGAUUCGGUGAUUCAGAUGAACAUAGUAAUAAGAAUGAAGGUAUUUGUCUUAAUGAGGUACUAUCAAACCCUUCUCAAGAAAUUCCUAAUCAAAGAAAGCAAACACUUGGGGUUGUACACGAUAAAGGAAAAAAAUCAAGUUCAAGUAGAAAAUCAUCAAGAAAUACAUUAACUACUCAGAUUGAGAAAUCGUGUGACAGUAUGGCUAGUCCAAGGAAGUCAGUGAAUGAAAUUAUUUUUCCUCACUCUCAAUAUACUAUUUCAAAUGCAAUGGAUGCUUUGCAUGCUUUGGGAGAUGAAAUUCCAAAAAAAGAUGAACUGUACUAUUUUGCCAUCAAAAUGUUCCAAAUACCGGUGAAACGAGAAGUGUUUUUGAACUUAGAUCUAGAUGUUAGGGUUUGGUGGCUUCGACGUGAGUGUGCAAACAAAAUCCUAUUACAUCAUUUUCAUCCUUGA